AUAAAUAAACCCCUCCCCAGUCCCCAGUCCCCAGCAAACUCCAAGAAACUGCCCCUGAAAAGCACUUUUCCCUUUUCAUCUUUUCAUCGGGCUAAAUCCCUUUUCUAGCAUUCUUCCACCUGAAUCAGAAUCGGGCCAAAUCAAUCAACAUGCAUGAGGAAAAGAGUCCCAGAAAAAUACCCUUUUUGCAAGGCUUUUUGUGCUUAUUGGUGGUCUUGUUGGCAUCUUUUCCUAGCUGUUCCUUUGCCGCCAGUCGCUCUUCUGCCACCAAAAAGAAGGCUUCUGCUUCCUCUGUGAUUUUCCCUGUUAGCGGAAAUGUUUAUCCCAAGGGCUAUUAUCAGGUGACAGUGAACAUAGGCCAGCCUCCUAAACCUUAUUUUCUAGAUAUAGACACUGGAAGUGACCUUACCUGGCUCCAGUGUGAUGCACCUUGUGCCAAAUGCACACCAGCACCCCACAGUCCUUACAAACCCAACAAAAACCUUGUCACAUGUAAAGAUCCCUUAUGUGUAUCCCUUUACUGGCCUACAAGCCAUCAAUGUGAAUCCUUAGACCAGUGUGACUAUCAGGUUGAGUAUGCUGAUAGGGGUUCAUCUCUCGGCGUGCUUGUCCAAGAUUUGUUCCCCCUGAGAUUCACUAAUGGCAGCAUUUCAGCACCUCGUCUGGCAUUUGGCUGUGGUUACGAUCAAGAAAUUCCAGGUCCGAAUCCGCCUUAUACAGAUGGAGUACUUGGCCUCGGCACUGGGAAGUCUAGCAUUUUAUCGCAAUUGAAUGGCCUGGGACUGACACGGAAUGUAAUUGGACACUGCCUCAGUGUUCAAGGUGGGGGAUUUCUUUUCUUUGGUGAUGAUCUUGUUCCUUCUUCAGGAAUUGUAUGGACAUCAUUAUCAAGCAACUCCCUCGAGAAACACUACUCCGUGGGACCAGCAGACCUCUUUUUUGGCGGCCAGGCUUCAGGGGUUAAAGGCCAAUCUAUAGUUUUCGAUAGUGGGAGUACUUAUAAUUACUUUAAUUCCCAAGCUUACAAUGCUGUAGUUUCUUUGUUAAAAAAAGAUAUAAAUGGGAGGAAACAGUUACAAGAUGCUGUGGAUGACAAGAGCCUUCCAAUUUGCUGGAAAGCUCCAAAGCCUUUCAAAUCAAUUUUAGAUGUCAAGAGCUAUUUCAAACCAUUAGCAUUAGUGUUUACAAGUGCUAAAAAUGUUCAAUUUCAACUGCAACCUGAAGCGUAUCUCAUUGUCACGAAACAAGGCAACGCAUGCUUAGGUAUCUUGAAUGGUACUGAAGUUGGAAUCGGAAAAUUUAAUGUGAUUGGAGACAUUUCUCUGCAAGACAAGUUGGUGAUUUACGACAAUGAAAAGCAGCAGAUUGGAUGGGCUUCAGCGAAUUGCAACAGGCUUCCCAAUGUGGAUCGUGAUUACAGUGAAGGUUAUUAUCAGCCUUACUCUGCCAACUUCAACAUUUUAGAAGGGAGUUGCCCUGCUACUUUGUGGUUACAUUAGGAAGCAGACUAGCAAAUAGAGUUAAAAACUUGCAUAAAAUGUAAUUUCAUGUUAUUUGUUCACAUAGAAAUGACAUAAAAGGAUGGAUAGCUGUUUGUUGUACAAUGCUUCCUUGAUGUAAAUUCCAUAUACAUGCAGAGUAUAUAUAUAAAUAUAGAUUGGGUGCUACCCCUAUACAAGAACAUGUCAGU